AUGGCAGCCAAACUAAACAGUCUUCUUUUCUUCCUCUUGGCCAUUAAUUUGCUCCUCAUGAUCAAUGCCUUCUCUCAUGCUAAUUCAGAUGAUGUCAAUAAAAACCCGGUGGUCACAACGCCGAAGUCCAGAAGCCUACUCUUGUCUUAUGGGCUUAGCGAGCCCGUGCUACCGCCGAAUUUGGGAAGCUUACGCUCGUCCUAUGGGCUUAGUGAGCCCAUGUCACCGGAUAUGAGAAGCCUUCGCUUGUCCCAUGGGCCCAUGAGCAUCCAUAGUGAGCCCGAUUCCGUGAUCCCACCAAAGCCCAAUCAGAAUUAG